AAACUCACACACAAAAUGGGUAUUUGGGGAAGUACUGGUCCCAAAUGGAAUACCCGCAGCGUCAAGGAUCCUCUGCCGCCGUCGGCCAUCCUCGCCGGCCACGAUUCCGACAACGAUCCCAUCUAUGUGGGUCGCGCCCGUCACAAGGGCGAAAUGCUGACUGCCAAGUUCAUUCCCAACAAGAAACAGGCCUACGUCUCCUGGGGCGGCAAGGAGAUCACCAAGAAUAAGUUGGAAGUCCUGACCGGUCAGGGGCACAGCUGGGUCCCCACUAGGGGCGGUAAGGUGCCACCCGGUGCUCUGCGGGUCGGUCAAACCUCCGAUGGCGAGGCACUGUAUGUGGGACGCGCCUUCUUUGCCGGCAGUCUGACGCCCGGCAAGGUGCAUCCCUCCCAUGGCUGUCUGUACAUUCCGUAUGGCGGAGCUGAGCAGCGUCUGGUGGAGUACGAGGUGCUUGUGUUCGCAUGAACAGCAAUAUCGAUUUAUGGCAUUCU